CCGGAUUCGGUGAGGGAACGAAGGGACGAGAACUCUACCAGCCGGGUAAGGCGGCCGUCGAUCGAUGAAUUGAGAAAGAUAGGACCCGGGAUUCCAUUUCAUUUUGUGGUAAAAAUGGGACGGGAACAGAUGGGAAGUGUGUCCCCGGUUCUAUUCCCUUUUUUGUUCGGAUGAGACGGCAGUGAGCAAUCGAUAGAGAGCAAGGGAUGCUAGCGCUCUGAUCCUAGUAUUCCUCGCUUCAGUUGGUUCAGGAAGCUUUGGCAUCGGGAAGCAUUAAGCAAGAGCGAAGCGAUAGCUUCGCGUUGUGUUUUUUGGAAACACCUACUUUUGCUUGCCCUAAGAUCUAAAACAGAGGCGGGCUUGCCUGCGCUCCCGGUCUAUUCGGCUCGGCGAACCUAUUCUCUUCUCUACUAAACUAACCACCUGAGCCAACUCGAGAAACGAAAACUAAAAUGACAAUCCAUUCUAUUGUUAUUCAAAAAUUACUGAGUACGAACGCACAUCUAGGCCGUCGGGUAGCUGCUCACCAUUUCAAAGUCUAUAUCUGUGGUUCCAGAAAUGGAAUUGCUAUUCUCGAUUCAGAUAAGACACUGAUUUGUUUACGAAACGCUUGUCAUUUUAUAGGAUCUCCCAUUCGUCAAAAAGGCCGUUCCUUCUUUGUAAAUACCAAUUCGUUAUUCGAUGAGAUAAUAGAACAAAUGGCGACGAGAAUCGGCUGUAUCAAUGAUUCUCAAUGGAGGAUCGGGGGGUUUUUGACCAAUUGUUCAAGUCCGAAAAAAAUCCGUUCGAGAAACAAGAAGAUCAAUUUCGGGUCGAACCAACAACCAGAUUGUGUAGUUAUUUUUGAUGCAGAUAGAAAGUCCUCGGUCAUACUUGAAGCUGAUCGAUUACAAAUACCUAUUGCAUCUUUAGUGGAUUCGAAUAUCCCAUUGGGAUCCUAUAAAAGAAUCACUUAUCCCAUUCCAGCGAAUGAUCCUAUACAGUUUGUAUAUCUAUUUCGUAAUUCGAUCACGAAAACAGUUCUUCUUGAACGGGGAAGAAUCGUUGCGAUGAAGGAGACUGUGGGAGAAGAAAAAGCUCAUAGACCAGAGCUACUACAAGCACUUUUAGAUAAAGGGGGGUUAACUAACGAAAGAAAGAUGGAACUUGUUCCCCACCCAGGAAUAAAACCACAUUUCCUUGCUACUAAUCAAUUUAGGCGCCCUUUCAUCCGGGAAUUUAGGUCUACCCCUUAUUACUCUUCCCCACUCGAGCUCUUCGAGGCCGUCGCCCCAUUCCUCAAUGCUGUUAGCACUUGGGCUGGAAGUUCGAUGGCGAAUGGUGUAUCGGGGGUGACAGAUGGAAAUGUGGGGGCUAAUAGUCUGCCGGGGGCGGAGGUGAUUCCUAGUUCCGGAACGACUUCAACGGGAAUACCACCCCUGCUCUCCCUACAGAUCCCAAAAGGGGGCCACGGCCACCUCGCUUCUCUUUUUUUUGAUAAAGACCUGGUGCCCGACCGGUCUUCUCUGCCUGAACAAAGCGGAAAAGUGGUCACGACCGAACCGCAAGUUGACCACUCCAGUACCGCUACUCCGGGAGCAUCCGCUGCUCAUAACUGUUUUGAAGAAGGGUGGGUCGAGAGCGAGAGAACCCGUCUGAACGACUUCCUUCAGACGGAACAAGACCUUUGGGGAGCACCUCAACUGCCAAGGUCCCCCUCUCCCUCCAAUGAUUCCCAAAAGCUGUUAGACGCUUUUAUUGCGCAGGAGACGGAGGUGCUUUCUACUGAAAGGACCACUGCAACAAAAUCCCCACCCUUUGGUGGCCCUCCGGCUCACGAGGCGUCCCCGCCCCCGCCCCCGCUAGCGCCAGCACCGGCGGAAGUACCCCACGCCCCCCAUAAUUUUGACCCCAAUUUUCCGGAGAAAGAGAUUGGAGGAGAAACCCCUUCUCAAAUCUAUAACAACCUGGUCAUCGCUAGCUCGUCGAAGAGAAGACCUCCUUCGCUUGAUUUGCAAAUCUUUAAAACUUGCGCUAUCUUUGAGGGCAAGAGCAAAAUACUCCACAAAAUGAAUGACCUUGAUCCUGGUGGAGGCUGGCUUACACGGGGGGCUAAAAGAAUAAGAAAUAGGAUGGGGAAUGAGUUUUCCCCGGAUACUUUGGGUGAAAUCCUCCAGGAUCUCGAACGUAGUGGCACCGGGAGCUCCCACUUUAAGUAUUUUUUCAAGAGAAGAGACCAGGGAUUCUAG